ACAGGCAGAGCUAGAAUGGACAGUAAACAAGCAAUCAUGAGUUUAGCCAUUGCAACCAUUGCAACAUUUCUAGUACUGAACAGCCACCUAGGACAAGCACAAGUGACAUUUUCCAGAGAUUGGAGUGCGGGAAAGCGCGGAGUGCCAGAAUGCGCCGUCCCUUUCAAAUCGGCGGCAGCAAUCGGUCAAAUGUUAUUGAGUGAACUGAGAGCGAUAGCGAAUUGCGAACUGAGAACGGCAUACACACAGAAACUGGCACAAGACGAGGACAACACGCAAGAUGUGUUCAUCCCACAGCACAACGGUUAACCUUCCAUCGCUUACAUGUAGAAUUAAAUAUAUUGUAGAUUAAUAAAUACAAAUUUUAUCUUGA